UAUCAAUAUAAACAUGAAGAUCGCUGGUAUCAUUACACUUAUCCUUGUGAUUGCCUCAGCAUCUGCUGGACUAAUCUCCCCAUUCAUGAAAGAUAGACUCUCAAGAGAUGACUCUUGUAAUACUAUAAGCUAUAAAGGAACAACUCUUUCCCCAACAGGUGUUGAUGCCGAUAUAAAGAUGAGAAUGGACUUUGAUAAGGAAAUCUUCUCCUACACCCUUGGAUUCGUUGACACUGCUUUCGGCAAGUUCACUCACCUAACUUAUGCUUGGGACUUCACCACAAGUAAAUCCUACAUCCACACCACCGGCGACGACUUCUGCAUGGAUGACGAGUUCGAGAACCCAAUGACUGAAGAGUACGAAUCAUUCAACGACUGGAUUUCUCACUACGGGGGUAAAACUCCUUCUACUGAAAAGAAGGAAAUCGAUGGAGUAAUGUACGAGAUACAAACCCUCGAAUACGACGAAGAGAACAAGUUUAUCUCUCACAUGGUCUUAGAAUCAGGCGAUUUCACCAAGCUCGAAGGAAUGUUCCUUGGAGAUGACUUCUCAGUAGACAUUACUCAUGCUGAGGAUUUCGAAUGUAUUGAUAGAGAAGAACAUAUUCCAGAAGCAUGCCCAUAG